AUGGAACGGGAUGUGCCCAUUGAUCCAGUGCCGGCCGAGGAGACCACCCGUGAUGAUCCACCACCUGUUACACAACAAUUGCCUCGUGUAACAGACAGCAUGGAUGGUGAAAAUCAGCAAGAAGAUGUCAAGGAGCAAGUUAGGCAGCCUGACCAACAGAGGGCCUCAGAGCAACCAGAGGUGUUCCCAUCAGGGAGUCAGGCAGAGCUUUUCAAUGAGACCCCUACAGAGCGCGGACCAUGGCAAACGAAGAUUGCACAAUCUAACAAGGACGCUAAGGUGCAAACCUUGACAUCCAGUAGCCCAGUGAGCUUUAGUUGGGCACUAUGCAAUGUCGACGCUGGAGCAGAUUAUAUUCCAUGCCUUGACAACCUAGAAGCUAUCAAGAAGCUCCGUUCCACCAAGCACUACGAACACCAAGAAAGGGAUUGCCCUGAGAAACCUCCUACCUGCCUUGUUCCUCCACCAGAGGGCUACAGGAAUCCAAUAAGGUGGCCUAAGAGCAGAGAUCAGGAGGCAAAGAAGGACGUAGCAUGGGGAAAACAAAGUCGUGUAGUUUUAGAUGUUGGCUGUGGAGUAGCUAGCUUUGGAGGAUAUCUAUUUGACAGAGAUGUGAUUACUAUGUCAUUUGCACCUAAAGAUGAGCAUGAAGCUCAGGUUCAAUUUGCUCUUGAAAGAGGAAUACCUGCUAUAUCAGCUGUUAAGGGUACAAAAAGGCUCCCAUUUCCCAGUAGGGUCUUUGAUGUUGUUCAUUGUGAGCGAUGUAGGGUACCAUGGCAUAUUGAAGAAAGCCAACAGACAACAGCUGCUAUGAAGCAAGAUCUGAAACAAACCCUCCACUCUGUGGAGAGUAUGAUGAUCCUGAUGCAGCCUGAUCCUACCAUUCGUGGUUCACAGUGGCCCGAGUCAUGGCCAUUGAGACUGGAGAAACCGCCUUAUUGGCUGAGAGGUUCUGAGGCUGGAGUAUAUGGGAAACCUGCCCCAGAGGAUUUUCAAGCAGACUAUGAACACUGGAAGCGAGUCAAAUGUUAUGGAUAUGAAAGCUGUAUAUGCAGGGUAAGGAGGUUCGCAGCAGCUUUGCGCGAUCUCAAGGUGUGGGUCAUGAAUGUGGUUCCAAUUGAUUCACCUGACACACUUCCAAUUAUAUAUGAACGUGGGCUGUUUGGACUGUACCAUGACUGGUGUGAGUCGUUUAGCACCUAUCCGAGAACUUACGAUCUUCUGCACGCCAACCAUCUGUUCUCCAAGGUUAAGAAGAGGUGCGAACUAUUACCUGUUAUCGUGGAAGUGGAUCGGGUGUUGAGGCCAGAAGGCCGGCUAAUUGUCAGAGACAACAUUGAAACAAUAAGUGAGUUGGAGAACAUUGUGAAAUCUCUCCACUGGGAGGUCCGCAUGUCUUACUCCCAGGAUAAAGAAGGCUUGCUGUUUGUGCAAAAGACGACAUGGCGACCAAAUGAAACUGAAGCUAAGCUAUGA